UAAAGGCGAGGCGAUUGAUCUCGCAUGGGUCCCGUCGCACUCAGGCAUACAGGGACACGACGAGGCAGACGCAGCAGCAAAGACAACGACGAAGGACUCGAAGGUCGUUUCCGCGCAAUGGCAGUGUCAGUACUCAAGAAAUGUACCGCAGAGGAACUACCGCAACAGGAGUGGAAGUCGGGAAGACAUCUAAAACAAAUAGACACAGCACUACCCGGAGCACAUGUCAAGCUACGAUCGUUUCUGAAGAAGAUUGCAAUCGAAGAGAGUGAUCAGUGCGAAUGCAGUCAAGGGAGAGAAGACACACGUCACUUUCUAUUGCAUUGCCGCAGGCAUGAACACCUGCGUGGAGACGUGAUCAAGGAAGGUCAAGGUAGGUACGGCGACCUGUCAUAUAUGCUUGGCGGGAUAUCGCCAUAUCUGAAUCCGGAUGGGUCCAGUCCUGAUCUUUUCACCCGAGCCGUCUGCAAUCUCCGCCUGCUCAAAUCAGGUCUACCUUGUGUCAAGUUCAUCCUCGGCGGCCUGCUGGUCGUAGCACAGUCCGUCGGCCAGCAAAUCCCAUCCGAAGCACAGGGCACCUUCGACGGCGUGGAGGAAGCUUGCAGGCUGGAGAGCAAAGACAUUGCUGUGUCGUUCCGCGCUCCUACGUUGGUCGAGUUGUUGGCUAUCAGCGAGAGUGAGAAUCUUGACAUGGUUGGCGAGGUAGAAAACAUGGGCUCGGAGCUGGGAUGCAUGCUAUCGCUGUAUAAGAGCGUGAGCCUGAAGGGGAGGGAUGGUGCGAAAUGAUGUGGUACACCCGGCUUUAUAGUCCUGGAAUCUGGGAGAGCUGGAAGAUUUGCUUUGCUUAACACUCACACAGAUAAAAUUUCGGACUGCGUGUUGGGCUAACGAAAUGAGAUAUGCCUAUUAAAUUAUGAAAUUCA